CUUGGCAAUUAAAAGAGUUUCAUGUGUCGCCUGGACAACAGGCUGAUGUUUGAUUGUCGGGCGGAAAGUUGUGUGUGAUUAUAAGAUACAUCCAGAGAGUUAUGUGAAUAUAGAAGUGAAAAAAAAAGAAUUGUUAUUCCACCUGUGAAUGUGUGAAUAGUUGUUGAAGUUUUCAUGGUCAAUAGUCAUCAUCAUCAUUACAUAUUUUUCCAUCCACUUGAAUUUUAUAUGUCACAAUUUUCCACCUCAUUUUCCACCAUCGAAACUGUGCGCGUGCUUUGGAAGUGCAAAGAAGUGGAGAAAAAAAAAGAAUUUUGCAAGACUGAAAAAAGGAGCGAAAAGAGUGAUUUUUUUCCAAUAAACACACACAGAAAUUUCAUACUCAAUCAAUUUUAAUUACUCAGCAAGAAAUGAUGAAUGGGGGCGUUAAAAAUGGAUUAUCCACUCUCAAUCGAUUACUGGGGAAGAAGAACAAAGAUGAUUCCGCCCCGCAGUCAAAACACGCAUCGACGUUCAGCCGAUCUGUGUCCCAGUUGGACAUGUCUAGUCAACACAACAAGAUCGUGCCGCUGGCCGCGAUGAGCAAUGCGCCGUUCGAGCAGACCUUCCGCAUCACGGUGUGCCUGCCCAGGGAUCAGCUGUACGUGGCGCGAGUGGGCGCCAAGACGCGCCUGGCGCAGCUCAUGGAGCUCACGUGCGUGAAUAAGCAGCUGGACCGGGACAAGUACGAGUUCCGCCAUCCCAUGGACAACUCGCAGGUGUUCAGCAAUGAUCUGACCAUCGGCGAGGUGGGCCUCAAUGAGAUAAGGAUGGUGCCGAAGACGGAGCGUCUGCACAAUGGGAAUAACUUCAAUCUGGAGGACUUGAGCAAGAUGCGACCGCCGGGCAACCGAGAGUCACUCUCCUCAUCCGAGGUCAGCCGUCACUCGCGUCAGUUCCUCAAGACCACCUCCCCGUACAGCUCCACGAACUCCCUGAACUCCGUGGAGUCGUCGGGCAGUCGCACGCAUCCGCCCGUGGCGCCGGUGAGGAAGAAGCGCGCCGCUCCGCGUCCGCCCAGUCAGAAUUCCAUCCCCGAGGGUCAGGAGGGACGCGUGGAUGUGAACAGGAACAGCACAAAGACGCUGGAGGUGUUCAAGAAGCCACUGUCGCUGCCGGUGAAGAAGAACUUUCACGUGUCGUCGCCCAAUCUGACGCUGGAGGAGGCGCACCAGCUGGUCACGAGCGCCGAGGUGCACCGCAACGGAUCCCCCGUGGCGGAGCGCUACAACUCAGUAACGGACCUGCGAAGUCACGACGCGCCAAUUGUGGAAGCCAACAACACACGAAUAAGGCCAAUGUCGAUGCAUAUCAUGAACGGAACACACCAGCUCAAUGGCAAGGAGAGUCCAACGGACGCCAAUCACUCCCGGACGUCCAGUGAGUCGUCAGAGAUGCGGGAUUCCCUGCCAGAACCGGUGCCAAGGAAGCGGCAAAUUGCAGCCAAGAAGAAGAAGACAGCUCCUGCCCCGCCGCCCAGGACUGUUCCGCCAAUUCCAACGCCCAGAUCCAUACCAAAAAGCGAGUCGUCGGCCGACGAGGAGGCCAAGAGUCAGGAGAGUGCGACCGUGCCGAACGGCAAUGUGUCGAAGGUGAUGCUGAAUGUGGAGGCGCCGGUGGAGCACACGCUGGUGCUGGAGGAGCACAAGGAGUGCCUGGGCGUGAAGGUGGUGGAAGUGCAGCCCAACGGCCCCCUCUCCAUUGCCAUAAACAGCACGGUGAUGCAGCAGCAGGAGAAGCAGGAGGAGCCCAAGGUGUCCAUCACGGAGAUCCGGCGCGAGAGUGCCAACAGUUCGGACGAGGACGACGUGCGCGUGAACAUCUACAACAUCAAGACGGGCAAGGUGAUCGAGGCGGUGAAUGAGGCGGUGAACGAGGCGCCACCGCCGCCGGCGGAAGUGCGCUCGCCAUCGCCGCUGUGGACUUACACGCUGCCGGCGCCGCCGAAGUUUGCGGACGGCAACAGUUCGGCGCCGGACGACGUCACGGGCACGCUGAAUGGGAAUGUGUUCUACGAUUACAUGUCCGUGGACGACACGCGGACUGUGCAGUCGGACAGCAACACGACGCUCGUGUCCGAUGUGGACAUCAGGCCUGUGAUCCGGGAGGUGAUCGCCGAUCCGUAUGCCAUCAACGAUGUGGACACGGAGGAUGGCUAUCGCGUGGACAGGGAGAGUCUGCUGCAGUCGCUGGAGAAGCGCCGCGAGCGAUACAUUGAGAAUGAGUUCGCGUUCCUCACGAAGAUGGACGAGGAGGAAGAGCAGCAGCCGAUGGUGCGGAAGCAGCAGUCGAUUGAGGAGGGCAAGAGUGAUGUGAUUGGCGAGCUGAACAGUGUCAUAAGUAGCAACAAAAUCGAGAGUGUCAUAAGGAAGGCCGAAGUGGUGGAGGAAAUUGAGACGGCGAAGCCCAGCAAUCUGUCCAAUUUCCGCAUUUCCACCUAUUCCAACGGCACGGAUGAGGAGAAACCGGCGCCGCUGCCGCAUGUGAAUGGCGUGAAGAAGGAUGAGGAGGAGGAGGAGUUCAAUGAGGAGGAUUUCCUCAGGCGGGCGUCAAUUGAGGAGAAACCGCGGGAGUUUGUGAAGAGACAAUCACUGACAAACCGGAGGAUUUCACCUGUCGCCCGAUCGGAUUCUUUCCACUCCACCAGGCAGGACUUCUCCGUGCCGUCGUCCUUCGCCAGCACGCCCAGGAGUUCGUCUUACAUCUCUCUGCUGGCGGCGCAGAAGUUCGAGAGUCGCUCGCCAAGGCGACACUCCAGUGAGCUCAGCAUCACAGACUCGCCCUCGCUGCAGAGCAUCGAGGUGAUGAAGUCGAUUCUCUCGUCGUCGCGCAAGAACUUGUCCGAGCCUGAGAUUGUGCAGAAUGGACGGCCAGAGAUUGCCACAGUGGUGAUGGAGGAGAAGCCGGAAGAGCUGCGCGUUGAGGUUGUUGUGGUGCCAAAAGCGCCCGAGCAGGCGGUGCUGACGGUGAGGCAGGAGAAGGAGAAGGAGCAGGAGCAGCAGGAGGAGGAUUGCCCGAAGAAGUGGGUGUACAAGGGACCGCCAAAGAUCAAUCUCUCCGCCUGGAGUGAGCGUCCCAAAGUGCAGGUGUGCAUCAAAUCCGACAGAGAUUACUGCUUUGGCGGCAGCACGACUCUUCCGCGUGGCUUCCGGACGGAUCCGCCGGCCAGUCUGCCAGUCGUGGAGACCAAGGAGCCCGAAGUGCCGAAUCUCCACGUGCCCAUCGUGCGUGGCGUGGAGUACAAGAAGAACGUGCAGCCGCCGGAGAAGCCAGACAAGCCCGAAGUGCGCCAGAAGCCCGUGAAUCGCGUGAAUAGCAUCACCAGUGCCUCGCUAAAUGCUCGUCCGCUGAGUCUGGGCAACUUCAGCAAGAUUGCGCCGGUGGUGCGCGGCUUUAGGGCGGAAGAGGAGCCGCCAGUGCCGCUGAAGUCCAUCUCGACAAUCUCCCUCAAUCGCACGGCGAGCGUGACGAAGAUCAGUGCGCCCACGACGCCGCCGGCGGCGAGUGCAGAGAAGCCGGCGGUGGCGGUGUUUGAGCGACGCUCAGUGGCUGUCAAUGGCCAGAAGCCGGCAGAGCCGAUCUUCUCGCAGCACACGCUGCGCCGAACGGGACUGAAGGAGAAGAUCCUGGCGCAGGAAGAGGCGCCGCCGCCGAAGAUUCCGCCCGCAAAAUCAUUCCACACACGCCAGCAGGCCUUCAAUCAUUCCAUCUCCUUGCCACCGCCGGCAACUCCGGCAGCUCCAGUAACUCCAGCGGCUCCCGCGCCGCCGCCACCGCCGCCCCAGCUGCGUCCCGUCGUGCGCGCCGUGGUGAAGAAGCAGAUGUCCGCGCCUGAGAUCGAUCCGCGCGAUCAGCUGCUGAACAGCAUCAGGAACUUCAACAAGGGCAGCCUGAGGAAGAUGUAAGAGAGUGGCUGAAAGUCCCCGGAAAAUGUCUCGGUCGCGUCACAGCUUUAAAUGGAUGAUCACGACGCGACUGGAGACAUUUUCUGGCGCAAACAACGCACGCAAUUUUAACUUAUUCGAGGUGUUUUUGCUGUUAUAUUUCUCUGUAAAUGUAUUAAUUUUUAUCAAAAAAAAAAAAAUGAAGAAAUGUGUUAAUAUAUCGUAA